CCCAUCAGAAAACAGUACAGAAACAGACUUUCAUACACAACAACGCCACAAAAAAAAAUAAUAAUAAUAUAACAAAAUGACUACAAAUAUGGGUGGAUCUUGCAACACAAAUCCUAGAAAUGGCAGCAAUGAUGUUUUACUAAAUGUCACCAGAACUGUUGGAGAUGAAAAAAAUAAUGCCGCAGUGGGUGCCUAUGUGGCGGCAAAUGAUCAUCGUGGUCCCAAAAUGGGUACAGUAGGAGCGUUUGGCAAUGUUAAUAGCAAUGGCCAUGGUCUCUCUGUGGGUGUUAAUCAUACUCCUAAGUUUAAUAUGACAACUGUAGAAGCUACUGCCAAGGCAAAUCUUUGGACUUCGGCUAAUCAGAAUACAUCUAUCAAUGCUACAGCUACUCAUAGUCAGCAUGUUAGUGGUCCUAUGACUGGUUUUAAAAGUAACAAUUAUGGUUUUGGUAUUAAUCAUAGAUUUUAGAAAAGUAUUUUAAAUUAUUAACGGUUUAUUAGUUACCUAUAUUACUAUUUGCAUUAUUCUUAGAAGCUAUAAUAUUUAUUAAUAAAUAAAAUAAAAUAAAAAUAUAAAUUUGUUUAACUCUA